AUGAAUUCCCAAAACACGAGAUCCGCUAAUAUACGCACGAAAGGAUUCAUAACCUCGUAUAGUUCUUUGGUCCUUGAUGAAGCUGAUCGCAUGCUGGACAUGGGAUUCGAAGAGCAACUGAGAGAAAUUUUAGAGGCACCGGAUUUUGGCAUGCCCUCCCCGAAGGACUCCGAGCGUCAGACCUGCCUGUAUAGUGCCACAUUCCCACGAGAGGUGACUUUAUUGGCUCGAAGUUUCCUUCGCGGUUCUCGAUGUAUCUCGCUCACAUUAUGUGAUCUUUGUGAAGAAUCAGGCACUGUCGUGCCCGAUUGGGGCAAAACAGCGCGACGAGCUAGUCCUGAUGAUGAACUGAAAAGACUCAGUCGUAUCAUUCCGCGUGAGAUUAGCCAGAAAUUUGAGGCCGUGCCGUCCAGUUCGCAUGGUGGUGGUCUUCACGAUUAUCUCAUACAAAGGAUUACCGAAUUAAUAGAGGACCAUAACUCCGCAGACUCUGCCUCUUCGGUUGAAGAAUCGGACGCGGAGACAAGUAUGAAUCCCACCCAUGAACAGUGUCGAAUUUUAGUAUUCUGCAAUACAAAGAGAGAGGUCGAUCACAUAAAUAAUGCACUUUGCAGAAAGAAUUUACAUUCAGCAGCCAUUCAUGGUGAUAAGGCUCAGGUGCAUCGGACCAAAGUUCUGGACCAAUUUCGUCGAGGUCAAAUCAAUGUCCUAGUCGCCUCAUCCGUGAGUGAUUUGAUAAUUGCGGUUUACCGUCACGAUUCACUGUUAGACAGUUUGCCUAUUUUCACUGUAGAUUUAUGA